CAAACGUGCGAACUUAGAGCGCAGCCCCUCUUGGAGCGGCUUGGAGCGACUAGAACCUUAAGGGGUGUCAGAGUCACAAAGAAGGGGAGCGGGAACUUAAUUUUUUUAAUGUAUGUGAGCAUAGCUAUAGGGGGAGGAAGAUAGGAAUAUUUUUCUCAUUAAGUUAAGGGGGACAGGUUCAGAUGGAGCUUUCCUGAGGUUGCUCUUGUCUCUCUCCCCCUUGAGUCCCGCGGCGCGCGCUGGCUUGCACGCUGCUUGCAAACGUCCCAAUUCUUUUUGAACACAGGAGGAGAAGGGUUUGCCCUCAGCCUCAGGACUCAGACCAUCGUCUGGUCCCUCUGGGAACAGGGGUUUCUUUGAGUUUCUUACAUUGUGUGAAUUUAGAGACUUUAGUCGGCACGCGUAGGCACAACAUCCUGGGUUAGCUUCGAACCGAAGCGUCUUGGAGCUGUUCUUGGAGUUAGGAGUGCGCUUCUGAAAUUCCAUGCUGUAGACUGAGGAGUGCCCGUUGUCGGCGGGAAAACUGAGCUAGCCUGCAGCAUCGCUAGCCUAGGGGAUCACAAACUGCGGCAGCCGUGGAGAGGUGACCGAUCGUGGCCGCUUUGGGAUGGAGUAGCAGCGCUUUGAGCGCUUUGCUGGAGUCUGACCCGCCUCUUCUCCGCAGUGGCAUACGAGCCUCCCGAGGUCUUAGUUCCCUUUAAGAUCGUUCAUGAGAAAGGGUCCUAAGUCUGUACCGAGAAGCUGCUGGGCAGGAGGUGUGCCAGGCUUGACCGCGGUUGGGGACAGGAGGGCGUGUUGGGACCGCACCUGGGUUGUGCCGGGUCGCCGCAGGGAUGAACAGGUGCAAACUUGGAGACAGUUUGACUGAGCCCCAGUGUUUAACCGUCGGUGGUUUCCUGAGCCUUUUGAAACCCCCUCGCUUAGGGAGGGUUUUGUUGUUUGGUGAUUUUUUUUUUUCGUUUCCUCCAGCGGCGCGCAAUUCAAAGGCGCUCACGCUGGAGCCGCCCAAUCUGUCGCUCGCACCCGGAGGGACGAUCCUGGCGCGCAGCCAGGAGGAACCCCUGGAACCGCUGCGGGUUGGUCGCAGGCCUGGGUGUGGUGGGCGACGGUGCCAGCCCCGAGAUAUACACUUCGGAUAACUACUCCGAAGAAGUAGGGUCUGGAGACUAUGACUCCAACAAGGAACCCUGCUUCCGGGAUGAAAACGAAAACUUCAACAGGAUCUUCCUGCCCACCAUCUAUUUUAUCAUCUUCUUGACUGGCAUAGUGGGCAAUGGGUUGGUAAUCCUGGUCAUGGGUUACCAGAAGAAGCUGAGGAGCAUGACAGACAAGUACCGGCUGCACCUGUCCGUGGCUGACCUCCUCUUUGUCAUCACACUCCCCUUCUGGGCAGUGGACGCCAUGGCUGACUGGUACUUUGGGAAAUUUUUAUGUAAGGCUGUGCAUAUCAUCUACACCGUCAACCUUUACAGCAGUGUUCUCAUCCUGGCCUUCAUCAGCCUGGACCGCUACCUUGCCAUUGUCCACGCCACCAACAGCCAGAGGCCGAGGAAGCUGCUGGCUGAAAAGGCCGUCUAUGUGGGUGUCUGGAUCCCCGCCCUCCUCCUGACUAUCCCUGACAUCAUCUUCGCCGAUGUCAGCCAGGGGGACGGCAGGUACAUCUGUGACCGCCUUUACCCCGACAGCCUGUGGAUGGUGGUGUUCCAGUUCCAGCACAUCAUGGUGGGUCUCAUCCUGCCGGGCAUCGUCAUCCUGUCCUGUUACUGCAUCAUCAUCUCCAAGCUGUCACACUCCAAGGGCCACCAGAAGCGCAAGGCCCUCAAGACUACGGUCAUCCUUAUCCUGGCUUUCUUUGCCUGCUGGCUACCGUAUUACGUGGGGAUCAGCAUCGAUUCCUUCAUCCUUUUGGAGGUCAUCAAGCAAGGAUGUGAGUUCGAGAGCGUCGUGCACAAGUGGAUCUCCAUCACGGAGGCCCUCGCCUUCUUCCACUGUUGCCUGAACCCCAUCCUCUACGCCUUCCUCGGGGCCAAAUUCAAGAGCUCCGCGCAGCAUGCACUCAAUUCCAUGAGCAGAGGCUCCAGCCUCAAGAUCCUUUCCAAAGGGAAACGGGGUGGACACUCUUCCGUCUCCACAGAGUCAGAAUCCUCAAGUUUUCACUCCAGCUAACACUUACGCAAAGACAUAUAUAAUAUAUAUAUAUAUAUAUAUAUAUGACAAAGAACUUUUUUUAUGUUACACAUUUCCCAGAUAUAAAAGACUGACCAAUCUUGUACAGUUUUUUUUAUUGACUGUUGGAGUUUAUGUUUCUCUAGUUUUUGUGUGUGUGUGUGUGUGUGAGGUUUGACUUAAUUUAUAUAAAUAUUGGUUUUUUUCUGUUGUUUGUCUGUUUCACGUGAAUGAGUGUCUAGGCAGGACCUGUGGCCAAGUUCUUAGUCGCUGUGUGUCUGUGUGUAGGACUGUAGAGCUGUAGAGGAAGGAACUGAACGCUCCAGAAUGUGUGGUAAAUCGGAUAAAGCUAGAAGUGACCCUCAGCUGUCGCUGCAUAAUCUCUUCGCCCCGCCCACCCCGUUCCUGAAUUGUUUGGUUGUGCUGUGUGGUUUCUCUGUAGAAGAUGGCACUUAAAACCAAAGCCUGAAAUGGUAUAGAAAUGCUGGGUUUUUUCUUUCAGUUUUCAAGGGUGGAUUGAUUUCAGUACCUACAAAUGUACAGUCUUGUAUUAUGUUGUUAAUAAAAGUCAAUGGUAAACUUGC